AUGUUGCCAAGCAUUGACUCGGUGCGGGCCGUGGACUACCACUGGUCUUGGUGGCGUUUCAUGGGCCUAAAUCCACCGAACUUGGAAGAUGGGUUACUGAUGCGAUUGUACAAUAUGCACAGGACUGUUUGGAAUUUCUUUUUCGCCAUCUGCUUUCCACUGACAAUACUCAUAAAUUGUUUUGUGGCCGAAUCUUUUUUGGAGCUCUGCGAGAAUCUUUUUGUGACUAUGCCAGCCUUUUUUGCCAUUAUCAAAUAUGCCAACGCGUGGAGGGUGCGUGGCCAAUUAAAGCAGAUCCGUCACAUCCUGAGACGACUGGACGGUCGUCUGCAAACUUUGGAGGAGCAAGGUUUAAUUUCGAGUGCCGAUCGUCAGUGUAAACGAAUGUUCAAGGCCCUACUAGCUUUUUCAAUUGCUUUACUUUCUUCCGCGGGAUUGGUCGUUCACUGGUCACCUACCCGUCAGUUGCUGUUCCCAUCCUGGUUCCCCUGGAACUGGUGGGAGACCCGACAACGUUUUGUGGCGACACUACUGCUGCAGUUGGUGGGCCUCUUGAUGCACUGUCUGAUUGAGGUGUGCAAUAAUACGUAUCCGCAGGCAUAUCUCCCCAUGGUGGCCGCACACAUCAAAGCCCUCUCCAUGCGUAUCAGGCGUUUGGGGCAAGAAUGUGACCAGCGCCAAGAGCAGGCCUAUCUCGAGCUGGUGGACUGUAUUGGGGAUCACCAAAUCAUUCUGGAAUUGAUGGAUACGCUGGAACAAUCGCUAUCGCUGGCCUGUUUCUUUCAGUUCUUUUGCACGGCCAUGUCUCAGUGCGCCUUGGGGCUAGUCAUCUUCUAUAUCGAUCUGAGUCCAUCUAAACUGCUUUUUCCCUUAUUUAUGUUUUUCGGCAUAACAUUGGAGACCUCGAUAAUUUGCUAUGCCGCCGAGUUGGUCUUCCACGAGGGUGAGCAGCUCAACAUCGCAAUUUACUCAUGCAAUUGGGUCGACCUGAAUCUGAAAUUUCGACGGGCCUUGAUUUUAAUGUGUCAGCGAUCCCAGAAACUUAGGGUGAAUGUGGCGGCCAAGCUUACACCGAUACGGCUGGCUACCCUAUUGGCGGUGUUUAAGGGAGCCUAUUCGAUGUUUACAGUUUUACGAAACGUGGUCAUGAGGGAAUAG